CAUCGGUUUCUUGUUCGAUCUGCAAAAUGAGUGAGGAGAAUAGUAAGAUUACGAAGAAGAACUCUUCAUCUCUUUCCACAAAUAUUGGUAACGAAAAAACAACUGGUGCUAGGAUCCUUCAGAGUGUAGAUGUUCCUCCCAAUCAAACUAUAUAUAUUAGGAAUCUCGACGAAAAAGUGAAGAAACAGGAACUACGUCAGUCUCUCUAUGAAGCCUUUUCCCAGUUUGGUCGUAUAGUGGAUGUAGUGGCUUUGAAAACAACUCGAAUGAGAGGCCAAGCUUUUAUUGCAUUUGAAGACAUUGCCUCUGCAACCAACGCUUUGAGAGGAUUACAAGGUUUUUUGUUUUAUAACAAACCUAUGGUGAUACAAUAUGCAAAGGCAAAGUCUGAGAAGGUUGCAAAACUAGACGGCACUUUUGUUCGGCGCUCAGAAAGAAAACCUGACCAAGACGCAAGUGUAGAGCCAAAAUCCGACAGCUUAAAACGUAAACGAACUUCUACACCAGUUUUAUCGAAAGACUUGGACACUUUGCAAGUGGGAGAGCCUAAUCACGUGUUAUUCAUAGCAGGAAUUCCACAAGAUUGUUCUUUGCAACAGUUGGAAAGUUUAUUUGUUCAAUUUCCAGGAUAUAAAGAGACAAGGUUAGCUGCAGGUCAAGAACGUGUUGCUUUCGUAGAGUUUGAGACGGAAGACCAAGCAACGGUUGCCUUACAAGGAAUGCAAGGUUUUCGUAUAUCAGAAACGAGCCAACUAAGUAUUGUGUAUGCCAAAAAAUGAGUUGUACUCGUCCAUCUCAUUCUUUUAUAACAAAUAUGAAACUUUUCCUUUUGGUU